UCUUUCCCGCCACCACAGAGCCGCCGGUAUUAAAUUACUCGUAAUGCGCAUGCUUAAUCGUUUUUUCUAUUUGUUUAAGUCUGAACCGGUUCCUCUGUUCGUUAAACAAGUGUUUUGUCUUUAUCUAUUUUGUUUAUGCUUUUUGUGUUUAGUUUAUUCUCUUAUUCUUCAGUGGUGUUCAGCCUUCAUUAUUGAACUGUCUGACCAAAGAUUAACGCUGAUUCGGAUGCUCUUCAGCAUCUUGAUCUUUAUUUGAAUCUAAGAAUCAACGGCCAUCGAUAUUAUAUUCCUCUGUUGCUUAGAAGAUAGCAGUUAAGGGUUUUAAAAUGGAAAAAUAUGAUGAUGGCGGUACUGCAAAUCAGCUGUUUAGUGGUCUGAAUACUUUCUUGAGAAGAUGUUUGUUCCGUGUUCUUUCUGUGGGUCCUAUUCCGAAUCAUUUUGCCUUUAUCAUGGAUGGAAAUCGAAGGUAUGCUAAGAAGUGUAAUCUGGAAGAAGGGGCUGGCCAUAGAGCUGGGUAUUCAUCUCUCAUGUCUUUACUCAAGUAUUGCUAUGAAUUAGGGGUGAAAUAUGUGACAAUCUAUGCCUUUAGCAUUGAAAAUUUUAAAAGAAAACCUGAUGAGGUUCAUGACUUGAUGGAUCUAAUGCUGGAGAAGAUGCAGGCAAUGCUCAAGGAAGAAAGUAUUGUGAACCGGUAUGGCAUUAAAGUGCAUUUUAUAGGUAAGUUAAAACUUUUGAGUGAGCCUGUCAGGGUUGCAGCAGAGAAGGUGAUGAGGGCUACUGAAAAGAACAGCAAGGUGGUGCUUUUAGUCUGUGUAGCAUAUACUUCAGGUGAUGAGAUAGUGCAUGCAGUUCAAGAGUCUUGUAAGCAUAAAAGGGAUGAAAUUGAAGCUUUGAAUGAACGUAAAACUUCUAAUGUCGUUCCUAAUGUUGUGGAAUCCUACAAAGAUAGAUUGGAUGGAUCUCAAACUCCAAAGGCAACUGGAGCUUGCAAUGGUGUGAUUGAAGGAAUUGAUGGCACUAAUAAGAUUAAUGUUGCAAUUGAUUGUACUGGUGAAAAAUUAUGUGAUGAUCAAGAUGAAGCUCAAGCAUCGAAGGUUAGAAUUGGCAAUGGUUUGGUUGAUGAAAUUGAAGAGAGAGAGAAGAUGCAAAGGCAGCAUUGUGUAAUAAAUCUGGUAGAUAUCGAGAAGCACAUGUACAUGGCUGUAGCUCCUGAUCCUGACAUCCUUUUGCGAAGUUCUGGUGAGGCCCGACUGAGCAAUUUCCUUCUCUGGCAAACCAGUAAUUGCCUACUGUAUUCUCCAGCUGCAUUGUGGCCGGAGAUUGGUUUGUCACACUUGGUGUGGGCAGUGCUAAACUUCCAAAGAAACCACGCAUACUUAGAGAAGAAGAAAAAGCAAUCAUAACAAUUUUUACACCGCAAAAAAGAAUAAUUUCUCUAAUAGAUUAUGGCAAGGUGUGCAUUGGGUGACAGUAUUAUUUCUCUAUUUCAACUGGAAGCCUAGUACCUGUAGUGUUGGAAUGCACUUCCAGAGUUACAGUGUCUUCGCACUUCAUGUCCGGGCAAUAAAAUAUUUUGGUGGCUUAUUAUAUACUGGCAUAAGCUCCUAUG